CUCGCCCUGAGGCGUCUUGUGUUUUGUUAAUGGCAUUGCUGGCCAUAUUUAAUCUAGGACUAAGCUCGUUCGACAGUUGGGGGUGUUUGAUAACACUGCUUACGGACCACGGAGGCUCGGCAGGCAGGCAACUUGUAUUUUGCAGACAUACCUUAGUUUUCUCAUGUAGGUACUGCACAAACUGGCUUCGUAUCUUGCACUAUGAGUGUAGGCUGACUCUUCCAGAAUAGUCUCCUUAGGGGUGGCGCUGGAUAUCCCCUCAUUUCAGCUUUUUGUGGUGCUCCUUUGCCUCAUUUUUUUAAACCGUAAUGUCUAGCCUGGUCUCAGCUCCAAGGCAAGAACAGAAAUACAGGUGGGGCACCUAGGCUGCAGCCAGACUCCAGAGCUUUGCACUACAUGAAGAAGCUCUAUAAGACAUAUGCUACCAAGGAAGGGAUUCCUAAAUCCAAUAGAAGUCACCUCUACAACACUGUUCGGCUCUUCACCCCCUGUACCCAGCACAAGCAGGCUCCUGGAGACCAGGUAACAGGAAUCCUUCCAUCAGUGGAACUGCUAUUUAACCUGGAUCGCAUUACUACUGUUGAACACUUACUCAAGUCAGUCUUGCUGUACACUAUCAACAACUCAGUUUCUUUUUCCUCUGCUGUCAAAUGUGUGUGCAACCUAAUGAUAAAGGAGCCAAAGUCUUCUAGCAGGACUCUGUGCAGAGCUCCAUACUUAUUUACCUUUAACUCACAGUUUGAAUUUGGAAAGAAACACAAAUGGAUUCAGAUUGAUGUGACCAGCCUCCUUCAACCUUUAGUGACCUCCAACAAGAGAAGUAUUCACAUGUCUAUAAAUUUUACAUGCAUGAAAGACCAGCUGGAGCAUCUUUCAGCACAGAACGGUUUGUUUAACAUGACUCUUCUGGUGUCCCCCUCACUGAUCUUAUAUUUGAAUGACACAAGUGCUCAGGCUUAUCACAGCUGGUAUUCCCUUCACUAUAAAAGGAGGCCUUCCCAGGGUCCUGACCAGGAGAGAAGUCUGUCUGCCUAUCCUGUGGGAAAAGAGGCUGUUGAGGAUGGGAGAUCUUCCCGUCACCGUCACCGCAGAGGUCAGGAAACUGUCAGUUCUGAAUUGAAGAAGCCCUUGGUCCCAGCUUCCUUCAAUCUGAGUGAAUACUUCAAACAGUUUCUUUUUCCCCAAAAUGAGUGUGAGCUCCAUGACUUUAGACUUAGCUUUACUCAGCUGAAGUGGGACAACUGGAUUGUGGCUCCGCACAGGUACAACCCUCGAUACUGUAAAGGGGACUGUCCAAGGGCAGUUGGACAUCGGUAUGGCUCUCCAGUUCACACCAUGGUACAGAACAUCAUCUACGAGAAGCUGGACUCCUCAGUGCCAAGACCGUCAUGUGUACCUGCCAAAUACAGCCCCUUGAGUGUUUUGACCAUUGAGCCUGAUGGCUCAAUUGCCUAUAAAGAGUAUGAAGAUAUGAUAGCUACAAAGUGCACCUGUCGUUAACAAAUGGUCCUCUUAAAACCUUGAGCCUCUUUGGCAAAGUAACUACUGUGUGCCUAUGUGUGCCUUCAAGAGAAAGCUUCAUAUAUUAAGUCUCUAAAUGCAGCAUAUGUUAUAUAAAGAGGAGCCUGUGUAGAUUAGUACUUUCUAUGGCAUCUAUCAGGAUAAAGGGAUAAUAUCAAUUGUUGCUACAGAGCCUUUAUUUCCAAAUUUAAAUGAAAUAUUAUUGUGGAGAACGGUACAUUUUUUUCCUUGAGCGAUUUUUUUCUUUUCAUAGGAGUCUUAUUCUUGAUAGGGAAAAAACCUUAAUUAGCAUCAAUCCUGGAUGGACUCGCAGCUAUAAAUAGGCAAUUCAGAUUGCUAUAGUCUUAACGGAAGAAUAAAUUUCUGUCAAUGGUAUAAA